UUAAGCUGCCCGGAGCUUCGGAGGGGAUUCACCUUUUAAAAAGCAGCCCUGAGCAAAAACCUUCAGCUUUGCUUGAGAGAAAGGAUUGCAACAACUCAGAGCCGUGGCUCCGCACGUGCUUGGCCCGCAUAAGCAAAGCUGGGAAAUGCCCCAAGCAUGAAGAGCCUUCCUGGCUGCCCGCUUCCCUCUUCCUCCUCCUCCCUGCGGCAUCACCCCGCGCCGCCUGCUGCCAAGUCCCGUCGGGCGACUUCCGAGGACCCGAGCUGCGCGCCUUCCCACGAUCCGAAUCCCCGCGUCUCGCCGCCCGCCCUGAUUGGCCGCUGCCCGCGGCCUCGGGCCAAUGAGCGCGCGGCGGCGGGGCGCCCGGCGGUGGAUGGCUUCGGAAGGAGCCGAGUCACGGGCGGAGGCGGAGCGGGAAGCGCAGAGGCGACUGGCUCCGGCGCUGCCGCCAUGGCUUCCUACUUCGAGGAGCACGACUGCGAGCCGGGCGCCGGGCCCCGCCAGGAGGAGCCGCAUCGCCAGGCGCUGCUGGAACUGGCCAGGUCCCUCUUCAAUGGCCUGGAGAUUGAUGUGGGCUUCUUGGAGAGUGAAGACUGGGACCACCGGCUCCCCCCGCCAGCUGCCAAGCAAGCUGUAGAGAGCCUUCCUUCAGUGCCUGUUACCCCACAGCAAGCAGACAAAGGGCUCAAGUGUCCGGUGUGCCUGCUGGAGUUUGAGGAGGAAGAGGUGGUCAGGAAGAUGCCCUGCGAGCACAUCUUCCACAAAGGCUGUAUUCUUCCCUGGCUUGGAAAGACCAACUCCUGUCCUCUCUGCCGUCAUGAGCUGCCCACUGACGACGAACAGUAUGAAGAGUACAAGAAGGACAAGGUGCGGCGGCAACAGCAGGCGCAUCGGCUGGAGUAUCUGCAUGGUGCCAUGUACACGUGAGGAAGGCAUGCCCUCUGCCUCUCCUUCCAGCUCAAGGCUGACAACCGCAAUCUCGCCCACAUUGCCAGGAAGCAGGGCGCUCCCAGGGCCAAGAAAGGCAGCAGCCCUCCUUCCUUCCCCACUUCCAAAAGCUUGUUGCACAUCCAUAAUAAAUGCCGGGCUUCAUUAAGUAA